AUUUAUAUUUAUUUUGUACACAACUGAUAUAGACACAGUUGAACUUUCCAUACAAUGGCAUGUGCAUCGGAAGUACAAAAUAUAUCUGGAUUAACAUACCUAAAAUGUGGCCCUUGUCAGGUAAGGGAUAGGGAUAGGCCCCCACAAUAUUGGUGUAUGUCAUGUGAAGAGGGUCUUUGUGAUGAAUGUUAUGAGAACCAGAAGGCAAUUAAAGUAUCUAGAAAUCAUUCUGUUGUCCCUGUUGAGUCAUCUGAAACAGUACAGACUUUUAUUUCAACACUGCAGACAGAAUGCCAUAUCCAUGAUAGUCCGUUUCAGUUAUAUUGCCCAAGUCAUGAAACACCUUGCUGUUCCGAAUGUGCUGCCAUGAAUCACCCUAACUGUUUGGGAAUAACCCUUUUCCACACAUUUGUACGUGAUAUAAAGAAAUCAGACAAAUUGGACGAACUUGAUAAGAAUAUUGACAUUGCUUUGGUAAACAUCGAAGAUUUGAUAGAAAAUCGCAGAAAUAAUUUGCAGCAACUGGAAAGUAAAUCUGAUGGAAAGUCAAAGUUGGGCAAAAUCAGGAAAGAAAUUGAUGAAAUUUUGAAUGCUCUUGAAAUUGAACUUCAAUCAAAAUUUGAAACAUCUCUCCAGAAUCAGAAAAUUGAAAUAGAAACAGUUUUAUCAGAACUUGAUAAAAAAAGAAAAGUGAUAGCAGAAUAUCGAAAUAAUCUAACUCAGCUGAAAUUGUGCGGCACUGAUACACAAAUGUUUCUUGUAAUGAAACAAAUAGAAGACAUUGUGUCUGGCGAUUGGGAUGCAACUAGGGCUAUGUUGAAAGCACAGGCUAUGAAGGAGACGGAUAUAGUGAUAGAAACGAGGGAUAAUAUUGGCGAUAUAAUCUCUGGGCUUCUUGAUGUAACAAUUAUUAAGAUGGAUUCCAAGGUAGUUCUGAAAGACCUAAAGAAUGAAACUACCUGUCAGAAUGUAAAAGAGGGGAACACCGGGAUUACCAAUAAUCUGGAACCGGAGAAAAGAAACAGCACCAGCCUACAGUCUCCUGGUUUUCCUGAUGAUUGCGAUGAAGUCCAUGAAGAAGUCCUAUCUCCAUUCCAACCUAGUGCAAUGGCCCAAGCUGCUAGUGGUUGUUAUGAAUUCCCAGCACGGUUACGUACCCUUCACAACCUAGUCCUCCAGUAUGCUUCACAAGGACAAUACGAAGUAGCUGUACCCCUAUGUAAAAAAGCAUUAGAAGAGUUAGAACUGACCAGCUGCCAUGAUCAUCCUGACGUAGCUACCAUGUUAAACAUUUUGGGUCUUUUAUACAGAGACCAAGGAAAUUAUAAAGAAGCUGCAAACGUGUUGAACGAUGUUUUAGGUAUCCGUGAGAAAACGUUAGGAAAGGAUCACCCAGCAGUAGCUGCAACAUUAAAUAAUUUGGCGGUGUUAUAUGGCAAGAGAGGGAAAAAUAAAGAAGCAGAACCUUUAUGUAAACGUGCUUUGAAAAUAAGAGAAAAAGUACUUGGUAAAGAUCAUCCAGUUGUUGCCAAACAGCUUAAUAACUUGGCUCUUUUAUGUCAAAAUCAAGGAAAAUAUGAAGAGGUAGAACAGUACUAUCAAAGAGCUUUAGAAAUAUAUGAAAGUAAAUUAGGUCCAGAUGAUCCAAAUGUUGCUAAAACCAAGAAUAAUUUGGCUUCAGUUUAUUCAAAACAAGGAAAAUAUAAGUUAGCAGAAGCUUUAUAUAAAGAAGUACUUACCAGAGCACAUGAAAAAGAAUUUGGAAAAGUUAAUGGUGAUAAUAAGCCUAUAUGGAUGCAAGCUGAGGAAAGAGAAGAACAUAAGGCAAUUAGAAAUAUAUCUUUUGGCCAGGAUGCAUUUGUCUAAUUACACGCCCGUCAAAAUUUUGACGGGACGUAUUAUGGUAUACAAAUGUCGUCUGCCCGUUUGUCCGUCUGUCCGUCUGUCUGUCUGUCCGUCUGUCUGUCCGGCGUAAACAUGUCGCACCGUAAUUUUACACACUUCUUAGUUCUAUUAAUCUAAAGAUCUGUAUACUUUUUGGUUUUGAUUCAAAAUUUUAUUUUAGAGAUAUUGAGUUUUUUGAAAAAAAAGGGGGGUUUUCGCAUGUCGCGCCGUAUGUCAGAAACUAUUUAUGAUUAUUGCAUAAAAAUUCACACACAAGACGACGGGCGUAUCAUGCGCUCAUGGCGCAGCUGUUUAUUUUUCUUCUGUGAUUGUG